AUGGGUCAAGAUAUUAGUCAAAUUGAUUCGACUGAUAUUCAAAAGAUGUUACAAAAAUUUGGUAAACUUGAUGAAGACAAAAGUGGAGCAUUAUCAGCGAAAGAAUUUAUGCAAAUACCAGAACUUACAUCAAAUCCAUUAGUUGAACGUGUCAUCGAUAUAUUUGAUAGUGACGGAAAUGGCGAGGUUGAUUUUACUGAAUUUAUACGUGGCAUGAAUAGUUUUGCUUCAAAAGGUGAUACACAACAUAAAUUACGAUUUGCUUUUAAUAUCUAUGAUAUUGAUAAAGAUGGUUAUAUAACAAAUGCCGAAUUAUUUCAAGUAUUAAAAAUGAUGGUUGGUAAUAAUCUAUUAGAUGAUCAAUUACAACAAGUAGUUGAUAAAACAAUAAUUUAUUCUGAUAAAGAUGGUGAUCAACGUAUAUCAUUUAAUGAAUUUUGUGAUGCUAUAGGACCAAGUCUUCGUGAAGAUAUUGUUAAUCAUUUAAAUAAAAUUACAAGUGAUGAUAAAUAA